GUGUCGGGAGGGAGGUCCGGGGUGGUGGUGGUGGUGGUGGAGGAGGAGCGGCCGCGGCGAUGCUGGAGAUGAUGGCGGCCGCGGCGGCCCAGGGCGACUCCGGAUCGAUCAGUGGCUCCGCCGCCCGGCUGGAAGUCUCCAUCGACGGCCUUACGCUGAGCCCGGACUCGGACGAUGUGGAGCAGGGGGGCCGAGGGCAGUGGGAGGCCUCGCCCUCGCCCUCGCCCCCUCAGCCCAGAGCAGCAGCAGCGGCGGCCGAGAGCGGCCCGGCUCUUGGCGAUGUAUCAGUGGGAGAGAAGCAGGAGCAGGGUGGACAGACACAGGCCGAGGAGAUGGAGAGACGCUGGGGCUUCCAUCUGACUGAGCUCUACUGCCUGGCUCUCAGGUUCUUUAAAGAGAAAGACGGUAAAGCUUUCCACCCGACGUAUGAAGAGAAAUUGAAAUUUGUCGCUUUACAUAAACAGAUCACAGUUGGUCCUUACAGCCCUGAUUCUUGCCCAGAAGUUGGCUUCUUUGACGUUCUUGGCAAUGACAGAAGGAGAGAAUGGACUACCUUGGGUAACAUGUCGAAAGAAAAUGCCAUGGUGGAGUAUGUCCAGUUGUUGAACAAGUGCUGCAAUCUGUUUGAACCCUAUGUCACAUCCCAUAAAAUAGAGAAGGAGGAGCAAGAAAGGAAGAGGAGAGAAGAGGAGGAGAGGCGACGGAGGGAAGAGGAAGAGCGAGAGCGUUUGCGGCAGGAGGAAGAGAGAAGGCGACAAGAGGAGGAAGAGAAAAGGAGGCGGGAAGAGGAGGAGAGGAGAAGGUUGGAGGAGGAACGGCUUCGAAUGGAACAACAAAAGCAACAGAUCAUGGCUGCCUUAAAUGCACAGACUGCAGUGCAGUUCCAACAGUAUGCAGCCCAGCAGUACCCUGGCAAUUUUGAGCAGCAGCAACUCCUAAUUCGCCAGCUUCAAGAGCAACACUAUCAACAGUACAUGCAGCAGUUGUAUCAGGUGCAGCUGGCACAGCAGCAGGCGACGCUACAGAAACAGCAGGAGCCGAUAGUAUCAACAACCCACAUAGGGGUAGGAGAGGUACCAACAGUGAAUGGACAGACAACUUCACAUACAGAGCUUUCAGAAGAAAAGCCAGAGCCAGAAUCUUCAGAAGAAAUAUUGGAAAAUGGACCAAAAGACACAGCUGCAGUCAUAGCAGCUCCCUCCAUGUGGACCCGACCACAAAUCAAAGACUUCAAGGAGAAGAUCCGGCAGGAUGCGGACUCUGUCAUCACGGUGGGCAGGGGGGAGGUGGUUACCGUGCGGGUGCCUACUCACGAAGAGGGCUCUUACCUCUUCUGGGAAUUUGCUACAGACAAUUAUGACAUAGGCUUUGGUGUCUGCUUCGAAUGGACAGAUUCUCCCAAUACCACAGUGAGCGUGCAUGUCAGUGAGUCCAGUGAUGAUGACGACGAUGAUGAAGAUAGUCCCAAUGAAGUAGAGAAAACCAAGAAGGAGGCCAGCAAAGUUCAGGUAGAUGAGGUGGUACCGGUCUACAGACGAGAUUGCCAUGAAGAGGUGUAUGCUGGGUCCCAUCAGUACCCAGGCAGAGGGGUCUACCUCCUGAAAUUCGACAAUUCCUAUUCACUCUGGAGGUCAAAAUCUGUUUAUUACAGAGUUUAUUACACCAGAUAAAACCAAGCUAGCCCACGCUUGGCUCUCGCUUCUUUUUGUUUUAUUUUGUAAACUUCAAUUUGCACAUUGUGCAUUGAAAUAAUUAUCUAAAUCGUUCUAUAUAAUAAAUUGGGUGAAGGAUCUUCUACUGCAGUAAUGAAACUCACUGCCAGGUAUUGGUUUCAUUAGCCUUCUUCAGAGUCAUUGCUAUACUCAAUUGUUGCUGGCACUGAUAACCAUUUGUAUGUUGCAUCAUGAGGAGUGGUUAAUGCAAGCCUCUAUAGUCUAUAGAGUCUAAAAGCAGAGGGUAGUUUAAGAAAUGCUUGGCUGGAUGCAUAGAAAUCACCUUGUCGGUUUGCCCCUAUAAAUACCACUGUGUAGUUAUCCCCAGGAAAUGUAAAAGCAGCUUUGCCUGUUUUGCUGAACCCUGGUGUUCCGAAGUCUCAGUUGGGUUUGCUUCGUAAAAUGAAUCGCUGGUCACUAGAACUGGGGCUGGCAUUUACCACGAGGUGUGGUCAGGCUGCUAGUUGCAUGGUGUGAAAAUCUGCGAUUGAGUAGGGAAAGGUGAGGUAAUGGUUUGUGCAUGACUGCCCUUGUGCCCAAAGCAUCUCAUCAGUCAUCUUGUUUCUCAGACAAUAUUUGGCCCUCUGUUCAUUCUGCCUAAACAGGGGUGGGACUUGUGAGUCCAGUCAUCCAACCUUUAAUUUUUUUUUAGUUUCAAUUAUAUGGAAAAGCUUUGAUGCACUCAGGAUUUGAAAAGUCCCCCUUGGUUAAAAACAUUGUCUUAGUUUACCUCCUUAGUCUAUCCUGUUCAGUCCAGAUAAUGUGUUGUCCCACACAGUAGGAGGAAUACUUGGGGCCUCUUAGGGUUCCUCUGUACAGCAGCCUUUCCUCGAUGUUAACAAGCUGGGUUUCCUUGGAGACCUCCUUCCUGCAUUGAAAGUGCCUCUUGAGACCCCAGAGCCAUUUACCUGAGCUCUUCAGCGAAUGCCUCGUUCUAGAGGAGAGAAGAUAAUGGCCAAUGGCAGACUGGUGGGAUACUGUGGCUGUACAUAGCCAUGUUUUGCUGGGGUUUUAUUUUUGUUUGAAAAUUGACUUCACAGUCUCGGAAACAUCCCUUUUUAAAUCCCCAUCCCAAAUAUCCCUGACCGAAAUCCAUUCCAUGCCACGUAAUAGCUAUGACACUGAGCAGCUGCGUUUUCUGCUGUACUAAGUUACUUGAUCUUGGCCACAGUAAUGGGGAAGUUGUUUCCCUCGGUGUUUGGAGCUGAGCUCAGAGGUGUUUGAGGUCCUCCUCGCUGCCCAGUGAUUCCCAGCUCCUGGUUUGUUAGGUGAGAGCAGGGUGAGCUUUCCUGUGGUGUCCUUUGUGCUUCAUUAUUCUGCUGCCAGUCUGUCUAGACUGUGCAGGUAAGGGUUUUUAUUCAUGUACACCAGUUUGUCAUGAUGUUAAGCAGCUGGUAACGAAUCAAGGCACAAUCAUGCUGCAUCCCAUCAGACUGGCCUCAUUGAGGUGAGGUGGAGACUUGAAUCCAGUUUAACAAGUGAGUUGCUGGAGUGUGGGCUGGCCAUUGCACAGGAACUUGAGCAGUUUGACCUGGCUUUUGCUUUAACCAGUUGUUGACCAAACCCCUCCUGGCACAGAGUAUCUAGUCCACAGUUCCUUCUUACAACCUUCAUCGGUUAUGUGCAGUUGUGCUCAUUCAGAGAGAGAGAGGGAGAGUGCGAGCACCCAACAAUUAAUUGUUGUGUUGAGAGGAAGGAUUAAAACCAGUAGAACAGAAAUAGUGAGCAGGCUUCCCUCAUUGACAUGAAGGGAAUAGUGUAGUGUCUGACGGUGUGACACAAGAAGGCUCUUGCUUUCUCUCCUCUCUAUAAGGAUUUGCCUUUUGUAAUUUUUAUUUUUCAACAAAGCUGUUUAUCUCUGGGUUUAAUGAGGGUUACACAUUAUAUUGAUAAGAAAUGCAUAUAACCUUGAUGGAUCUCCCAUGGUAUUGUCCACUUUACUGAUCCUUUCUCCCUGUGGAGAUGAUGGUGAGCUUCUAAAUUCCUGAGAUUGGCCGAUUGAAUGCGAGUUUUGGGUUCUAAGGUGGAAGAUUGCGGCCUGUGCACUUUUUUUCUGAAAUGUACAAAGUUUGCAUCGAUUAGUGGAAGUUAGAUAGGGAGGCCCAGUCGAAGUUAGACUUUCCGAUAUAUAAUUUAACAUACUCGCUUCCCUGUUUUAUUCAGCUGAUCAGGGGUUGCAGCUUGUACCUAGAGGACCUUGUUGUCACCAAAGCAUCUUAAUUAAGAAUAGUUUCAGAUUUCCUUUUGAAAUCACUUCUUUCAUUUCUCAGAGUGCGAUUCUGUUGUACCAGUACAGCUGCGACCUGCACAGUUCAGAGAUCGCAGUUGUUUCUGCAAGUGCUUUUGUUUUGUUUCUCCCCCCCCCCCCCCCGUAUAAAUAAUUGUUUCAUUAACACUUGUAUAUAAUGCUUUCUCCCCCCCCCCCCCCCAUUUCCUUUUUGUGGAUUGUAUUUACUGCUGUUUUCCUAAUUACAGGCACCACCAACUGUUUUAUAUAUGGUUUGAAUUAGUCUGAUUUUCAGUGAAACCGAAAUGUAAUGGCCUCUCAUUUAGCAAGGUAUGUUGUUGGAAAUGUGGCCUGAUGUUCUGAGCUGUUAGUCUGACAGAAGUUUCCAGAAUAUUAAACUUGGAAAGAUUUUA